ACCGAAUCUUUGCAUCCGACCGAGGCAAACAAGUAUACUCUGUCACUUUUACGAUCACAGCUUAAGAUGACUCUAGUUUUUAGAACUGGGUUUGUACUUUCUCUGCGUCCACACAAAAAUGAAACAAAACCAACAAAAACAAUUUUCUCCUCUUUCCCUUUCUCUCCUCAAAUCACCCAUGUAUAUAAGUUUAGGAUUUUAUGUUUAUUUUCUUCUUGAAGCCAACAGAAAGAAGAAGAGAGAGAAAGCAAUAGAAUCUCAAGAAAACCAUCGUCAUAUAUAGAAAGGAUGGCAAUUGCUGAUUCCGCUUCUUCUUUUUCGCUUCGUCCUCUUCACCACAAUUUGUUUUCCCCCAAAUACCGUUCUGUUUGUCAUAAUUCCCUGUUUCGUUCUCCUCCACACUUUUCCUCUCUCCAGUUCCCCUCCAAUAUUCGUGCAACCUCAUUAGUCGCCGUAGAACCGGAGUCAAGCACUCAACCCCAAGAAGAUACGAUGGAAGUUGACUUGUUUGCUUGUCCGGUAUGUUAUGAACCACUAAUAAGAAAAGGCCCUUCAGGUUUUAACUUGCCAGCAAUAUACAGGUCUGGUUUUAAAUGUAGGAAGUGUACCAAAUCAUAUUCAAGCAAAAAUAUCUAUCUGGAUCUCACUGUUACUGCUGGAACAAAGGCCUACACUGAAAUUAAACCAGCUAGGACUGAGUUAUUCCGGAGUCCACUUGUUUCCUUUUUGUAUGAAAGAGGCUGGCGGCAAAACUUUAACCUUAGCGGUUUUCCUGGUCCCGAUGAAGAGUUCAAAAUGGCUCAAGAGUAUUUUAAACCAGCUGAAGGUGGUGUUCUCAUUGAUGUUAGCUGUGGGAGUGGUUUGUUUUCUCGGAAAUUUGCCAAAUCUGGGACCUAUUCAAGAGUUGUUGCCCUUGAUUUUUCUGAAAAUAUGCUUCGCCAGUGUUAUGAUUUCAUCAAGAAUGAUGAUACAAUUAUUACCUCCAAUCUUGCUCUUGUCAGGGCAGAUGUUUCCAGGCUUCCCUUCUCAUCAUGUUCAGUUGAUGCCAUUCAUGCUGGCGCAGCCUUGCAUUGUUGGCCAUUCCCUUCCAAUGCAGUUGCUGAAAUCAAUCGUAUCUUGCGAAGUGGUGGUGUAUUUGUGGGAACAACUUUCCUCCGAUACAGUCCGUCGGCUCCUGCGAUAUUGGGGCCUUUCAGACAGCAGAGGAUUGCAGGUGACUACAACAAUUUGAAUGAAGAGGAGAUAGAGGAUUUGUGUACAUCAUGCGGCCUUAUUAACUACACAAGCAAAGUUCAGCAAUCCUUCAUCAUGUUUUCUGCACAGAAACCAUGAGACUUCGUUUUGGCCAUUAGAGGUUUUCCUUGUUAUCUUUGUGAAUACUGAAUUCCAACCCUGUUGAUGACAAACAAAAACAUACAAGCCCUGCAGUUGUGUAGUUAUACAUACCAUCAUUAAAAUUGUGAAAUUUAAUGUUUCUAAUUAAAUACGUAUUGUCUGGAUGAGCAUUUGUUAUUGCUUUCGACCCAAAUG